UCUCUCCUCCUCACCAGAGCGCGCAGAGGGAGCGCGCGGGCAGCUGAUGGACGGGAUGGAGCGGGGCGCGUACGGCGCGGGCAGAGCCGGUGGAUCUUUCGAGCCGCUCACGUUCAUCCAGCAGCCGCACACCGGCCUCCGGAUCGUGUCCUGGUUCUUCUCGUUGGUGAUCUUCGGCUGUGUCGUUAACGAGGGCUACAUCAACAGGCCUGAUGAGGUCGAGCAGUUCUGCAUCUUUAACCGGAACCAGAACGCCUGUAACUACGCGGUCAGCAUGGGCUCGCUGGCCUUCCUCUGCUGCAUGGCCUUCCUGGCUUUAGACGCAUAUUUCCCUCAGAUCAGCAGCGUCAAGGACCGCAAGAAAGCUGUGCUGGCCGACGUGGGAACCUCAGCGUUCUGGUCCUUCGUUUGGUUCGUGGGCUUUUGUUUCUUGGCCAAUCAGUGGCAGGUGUCGAAAGCGGAGGACAACCCGCUGCAGUCGGGUGGAGACGCGGCGCGGGCCGCCAUCACCUUCUCCUUCUUCUCCAUCUUCACCUGGGCCGCUCAGGCCUUCCUAGCGUUUCAGAGAUAUAAGCUGGGUGCGGAUUCGGCUCUGUUCUCGCAGGACUACACCGACCCCAGCCAGGACGCCGGCAGCGUGCCAUACAGCUCCUACAGUGCUGGAGACGCUCUGGAGAGUCCGGGAGGAACCGGGUCCUACCAGCAGAGCGGCGACGGCGUGUUCGAUGGGUCAGUGGGGUACCAGCGGCAGGAGUACUGAACCAGGGUCACGGCACCACCUCACCCACCGAACACCAGUCUGAUCAGCUGUAGAAUAUUCUGUAAACUGUCAUGCUAUACAAACGACUGAUUUGUAUUCAAAAUGAGGUUAUUUGUGUUAUUGAGUGACACCUCAGCAUCAAUGUGCUCACACUCUCAAAAAUAAAGGUUCUUUAUCAGAAUUGAUGGUUCCAUGAAGAACCAUCGUUCCAUUAGAAAAGACGUCCUUUAGUUUCUUCAAAAUGGUCUUUACACUAAGAAAACAUACUUUUAAGAAUUGAUCACUGAAUGGUUCCCAGCUACAAAAACAUGUUCUGUGAAGGUUUUUCUUACAUUCCCAUUAAGUUAUGAUAAUGUCACUCCUGAAUGUUUACUAAACAUUCAAAAUGGCCAGUUUUUGAAAUGUUUUAAAAAUAUAUACAGCAACAUGUGAAGGUUACAUUUUCUAUUAACAUUCGAAAACAAGCAGUAUCAAAUGAAAAAAAAAAUAUAUAAAAAAAUAAUAUGAACAUCCAACUUAUACAUUUUAGAAAUACAACAUGUGAUGUAUGGCAUAAAUAACACUGUAAGAUAGCGUUUUUAAAAACAUUAUUAAAGACCAGAUCAGUAAAAAAAUUAAGAAUGCUUUUCUAAUGUUUCAUUAGAUGUUUCAAGUUUUAAAAACAUUGUUUCUUUGUUGUACAAACGUUAAGGGAACAUAUAAUUUGUAUAAUUUGGCAAACAUGUACAUUACUUUCUCUGAAUGCUCUGAAACAAAGAGUAACAUUUUAAAAAUGUCCAACAGAACACUUGAGAAAUAACACGUUUCAGGAACAAUGUAUAAAUAAUAUUUUUAGCAAAUGUUUUGAGAACAUUGUUAAAGGGGUGGUUGACUGUUUUUUUCUAGGCUUGAUUUUGUUUAUGGGGCACAGUCUAACGUGUUCAUGCUUCAUUUUUUUUUUUAAAUGCAUUAUAUUUUUUCAUAAUUUACCUUUACUCCACAACAAUCUGUCCCUUCUCUCACAGACGCCUUAGUGUUUAAAUUGAACAGUUUGUCGAAGCUGAUCUGAAUGAGAGAGAGAGAGAGAUGCAGAGCAGGGUGUCGCGAGGAACAGGAUUGAGAACCGCUGCAUUAGAACAUUGGUUUUAAAACUUGUGAAUCUGUUAGAAUCGUUAAAGACAGAUUCGUGAUUCAUAUAUGAACAGAUUUUUACAUGCACCCCUAGUUUUCUCUUCCUCUUCUCUAAAGCAGCACAACAGGGCUUAGCUCCAUGCUGCGUGUUCCCAGGGGCGGGGUUUAUGACGUAAUGGACCCCGGAAGAAGCUCGUUGUAGGUUUUGUAGGCAUUAAACUGCCAGAAUUUUUAAAGACUAAAACUAACUUUGCUAACUAAUGUUAAAAAAGUGAAAUUGCCAUCAACCACUGCUUUAAAGAGCAGACAACUCUAACUGAGCAUUCUGUUAAUAUUACAGUUAAAAUGUUUCUUCAUACUGAAAAUGUUCUCUGUUAGCUGGGUUCCUCAAGAAACCAAAAUGGUUAUUUCAUUGCAUUGCUGUGAAAACACUUUUGAAAGAUGUAUUUUUAAGAGUGCCAUUAGGUUCAUGUUUGUAACUCAUUUAAUCUAGUACUGAUGCAGCAGAAGGAUCUCAGACGCUUCACAGUUUGUCAGUGUUUUCUAGAAUAUUCUACAGACUGCAGCUGUUUCCUCCAGGCUUUGUGCAGGUGUGCGGAGGGAUUUCAUUCUCUGAUCAUAAACUAGUUUUCCUUCAGCUCCAGCAGGUGAGCUGACUCUGUCUGUCCUCAGGUGAACGUGCGAGCAUGCAUUCACGCCAAACUUUUGAUUUCCGUAAUGGAAUGUAUUUUAUAGAGUGAAGGAAGGCAUUUAAAAAGCGAAGGGAAGGAUUUUAUCCUCAAGAAAUUCAUUGGGUUAGUGAAAGUAUGCGAUUUCGGACUCAAUGCAGAUAAUUUUGAGCGAACAUUCUGUUAACGUUACCACUGAUAGCACACCUACAUCACAAAGACGUCUAUUUGAUGUCUGCAUUUACAUCUGCAAG